UAAAAUAACCUUUAAAUUAACUAAUAGUCAUGUAUAAGUAUAUAUAUAUAUAUAUAUAUAUCAAAAUUUAAGUAGCAUACAAACGUGGUGAAAAUACGUUAAAUAUUAAUAAAUUUUUAAACAAAUGCAAAAAUUUAAAAAAGAUCCGUAAUUCAAAAUAGUAAUAUGGCGACAACAAUUUACAAAUUCGAGUAAAUUAUAUCGCACAUAUCUGCUUAUAGAGAAUUAUGGCUGUUUCAAUCAAUGAAAUUUGUGAAAAUACCAAACUGGCUCGUGAAAUGGCUUUAACUGGAAACUAUGAUACAUCUGGAGUUUAUUAUCAAGGCGUUGUUCAACAAAUUCAUCGAUUACUUGCAAAUAUUGCAGAUGCUACCCGGAAAGCUAAAUGGCAACUUGUACAACAUCAAAUUGUUCAAGAAUUUGAAAAAGUAAAAGCAACUUCAAAUACUUUACAACUUUUUAAAGUUGAUACGCACGGAGAAAGAUUAUUAGGUACUUCAUGCUUAUCAUUUGAAGAACCUACAAGAGAUCCAACUUUAUGGACUUAUAACAAUUCAGACAGUUCAUGGAAUCAAACACCUGCAAGAGAUCCAGAUGUAUGGCCACCUUUAACACCUGCUGAACAAAAAAAUAUUAAACCAUUAAAAAAUCAAUCAAAACAACAAAAUAGAACAAGUAUACGAAAAUCUGUAACUACUGGAAAAAGAUCAGAUACCAAAGCAAUGGUUAAAAAAGAUGAUAGAAAAGUACAAAAAAAAGAUGAUGUAAACAAAGAAAAAUUGGAAACUGAAAAAAUAGAUAUAGAAGUAGAGGAACGUAAAUUUGAACCAUCUGGAAAUGAUAGAGAUUUGGUUGAUUUAUUAGAAAGAGACAUUGUUCAAAAAAAUCCAAAUAUUCAUUGGGAUGAUAUAGCUGAUUUGCAUGAAGCAAAACGAUUAUUAGAAGAAGCUGUUGUUCUUCCAAUGUGGAUGCCAGAUUUUUUUAAAGGGAUUCGUCGCCCUUGGAAAGGAGUACUUAUGGUUGGUCCACCAGGAACUGGAAAAACAAUGUUAGCAAAAGCUGUAGCUACUGAAUGUGGAACAACUUUUUUUAAUGUAUCAUCUUCUACACUUACUUCAAAAUAUAGGGGAGAAUCAGAAAAACUUGUUCGUCUCCUUUUUGAAAUGGCUAGAUUUUAUGCUCCUAGUACCAUCUUCAUUGAUGAAAUUGAUUCUUUAUGCUCUAGAAGAGGAUCUGAAUCUGAACAUGAAGCUUCACGACGAGUAAAAUCUGAACUUUUAGUUCAAAUGGAUGGUAUAAGUUCCAAUAGUGAAGAUCCAAGUAAAGUGGUAAUGGUAUUAGCAGCUACAAAUUUUCCAUGGGACAUUGAUGAAGCUCUUCGAAGACGAUUGGAAAAACGUAUUUAUAUUCCGCUACCAAAUCGUGAAGGUAGAGAAGCAUUACUGAAAAUUAAUCUACGUGAAGUAAAGGUAGAUUUAUCUGUAAAUUUAGCAGAUAUUGCGAAAAAAUUAGAAGGUUACUCUGGUGCAGAUAUUACAAAUGUUUGCAGAGAUGCAUCUAUGAUGUCUAUGCGAAAAAAAAUUGCGGGCUUAAAACCUGAUCAAAUAAGACAAUUACCGAAAGAAGAAUUAGAUUUACCUGUAUCUGCUGCAGAUUUUGAUGAAGCUGUUGAAAGGUGUAACAAGAGCGUUUCUCAAGAAGAUUUAGAAAAAUAUGAAAAAUGGAUGAGUGAAUUUGGUUCUUCUUGAUACCAUUCUACUCAAAAAAUAUAAAUUCACAAAAAG